UUCUUCAGAUAAAUUAUUAAAGCAAAAAGUCCGCAGUUUAAUAAUUUUAAAUUUUACAAACUAAAAUAUGCAGGAAAGAACAGAGUUGGAUAUUAGAAUGGAGGACCAGAUCCUUAGAUACCUUGAGUCGACAGAUCUGAAGGCUAAGGGACAUACCUUGAUGACUAAGAAUGAGAGAUUUAAUAUUAAUAUUGAUGAUAUCAGAGCAAAGAAUCAUGAAUUAGCUCAGUACAUUAUUAAAAAUCCUAUAAAGGCUAUUCCUUUGUUUGAGCAGAAUGUGCAGAAGAUCCUUGAUGAAGAAGAUGCAAUAGCAGGAAAGAAGCUAGGAAUGAGCUCUACAAGUCAGUUUCCAGUGAAAGAGAAGACCCUUAAAAUUAACUUUACAGGGAAAUUGGGCAAGAAUUAUGUCACUCCAAGAGGUCUCAGAGCGCCAAUGCUCAAUAGCCUUGUUUGUGUUCAAGGUAUAGUGACUAAGAUGAGCAUUGUAAAGUCAAAAAUUGGCAAGAGUUAUCACUUUAUUGAAUCUGAGAAUACAGGGUUCGUUCAGAAUUAUAAGGAUCAAUACUCUAUAGAGGGUCAAGGUAAUUUCUCUACAAAAAUGCUUCCGACCAAAGACCCUGCUGGAAAUGUGAUGACUCCAGAGUAUGGAUACUGUGAGUACAGGAAUGUUCAAAAGAUCGUAAUCCAAGAGAUGCCUGAGAGAGCUCCUCCUGCCCAAAUUCCUAGAUCCAUCACCAUCUACCUUGAAGAAGACCUUGUUGACAAAGGAAAGCCAGGAGAUAGAAUUGAGGUGAUGGGUUUGUUCAAAUGAAUCUCAGGUGUGAACACAAUGACUUCUGGCAACUUCAGGACUCUUAUCAUUGCUACUGGAAUCAAGACCAUUACUAACAAGACUGAGAACUCAAAGUUCACUGGUAAAGAUAUUUCAAAGAUCAGAAAGUUCUCCAGAGAACAAGAUGUAUAUAAAAUAUUGUCAAGAUCAGUAGCCCCAACUGUUCAAGGAAGGGAGAACAUCAAGAAGAGUAUUCUCCUACAGAUGCUUGGAGGUGUUGAGAAGAACCUGAAGUCAAGGACCCAUUUGAGAGGAGAUGUAAAUAUUUUACUCAUAGGUGAUCCCUCCACUGCUAAGUCUCAGAUGCUCAGGUAUGCCCUGAAUCUCUCUCCGAUAGGAAUCAAUACUACUGGAAGAGGAUCCUCUGGAGUCGGACUCACAGCUGCAGUCACUAUAGAUAAGGAUACAGGGGAAAGACACCUUGAAGCUGGAGCAAUGGUUCUAGGAGAUAGAGGCCUAGUCUGCAUUGACGAGUUUGAUAAGAUGAAUGAUGCUGAUAGAGUCGCAAUUCAUGAAGUCAUGGAGCAGCAGACAGUCACUAUUGCUAAAGCUGGACUUCAUGCAAGCCUGAAUGCAAGAUGUAGUGUAAUUGCAGCAGCUAACCCAAUAUAUUCUAAUUAUGAUAAGGGAAUGUCUGCUGCUAAGAAUAUUGGGUUGCCAGAUACUCUUCUUUCAAGGUUCGAUCUACUCUUUCUUGUACUAGAUAGUAAGAAUCCAGAUAAUGACAAGAAAAUUGCUGAAAGAGUAAUCAGAAACCAUUCAUACAGUAAUCCUAAUGAUAGCAAAAUCCAUAAUCCUUAUGUUGAUGAGUUCUAUAUCGAGCCUGAGAUCAAAGAUGAGGAAGAAGAGCUUAAAGAGUAUGAUGUGUUUGAGAGAGACAACGAAGAGCUCUUUGGUGACAAAGACACCAAGAUCGUAUCAAACACGUUUUUAAAAUAAGUACAUUGCUUACUCUAAAAGUCUCAAGGAUCCUAUCCUAGAUGACUCUGUGCUAGACAGCAUCGCUUUUGAGUACAAGAAUCUCAGGCAAGAAGCUGAUGAUAAUAAUAUGGCAAAUUCAAAGAAACUGCCUAUUACUGUGAGAACUCUUGAAACCAUCAUCAGACUUGCCACUGCCCAUGCCAAACUAAGACUUGAUACUGAGAGAUCUGUCACUCAAGAGGAUAUCGAAGUUGCUACCAAACUUCUGAGAUACUCGAUUUUCAGUGAAGAUGAUGAUGCCCUUGGAGAAGAAAGAAGUACUGACGGAGAAGAAGACAAUGAUGAUGAUGACGAAGAAAGAAAGAAAUCCUAUAAGUCUCUUAAGUCCAAAAAGACAAAGAAUGACAAAAGAGCCGACUCUAAAGUGUCUAAAGCUGAAAGUUUGAGUAAAGAAAUUGAAGCUGGAGAAGAAGAAGUUAAAAACUUGAUUGAUUUCUCAGCCAAGCAAUCUGAACUCCAGAAGCAUGUAUCUCCUGACGAAAUCAAAUUGGAGACAGCAGAAGAAAAGAAGAAGAGAAGCUGUAUUUUUAAAAUACUAGCCAGAGAACAGAGAAAAAUGAACCCGCAUGUUUCUUAUAGUGAACUUUGGAAGUUAAUCUCACAAAACUCUGAAGCUAAGACAUUGUUCCCUUCCAAAGACGCUGUCUCUGAGACAGUUGAUACUCUAAUUGAGCGCAACAAGUUGAUGGCUGACAAGGAUAACAAUAUUUACAUGAUCUAAAGCAUCCCUCCUA